UAGAAAGUAAAAACAUAGAUCGGAUGGCUGUUCCCACUGUAAAAAAAAAAACAGCUGAGAACAAGUAAUAAAAAUACAUAUUUUAAUAGCACAGAAGUGGUCAACUGGAAAGAAGCGACCUAUACGUAGGUUUCUCCUUGCUUAGCUGAUUGGAAAUUUCUCAGACACAUCAUUUCUGUUACUGAGGGAAAACUCAAGCAUCUGUUCAACUUAAAUCUUAGUGAUAAAGCUUGAUGCUCAGUCUACUAACUUUCACAUUUCAUUGUGUCUUCUGAAUAUUCUGAAGCUAUUUGACUUAUUGGGAGACUUAAACCUGCUUGCAGGAAGUGUAGUGUAAUUUUAACAUCCAACAUGGAAGUGGGCACCGAUGUCACUGCUCAAGUGCAACAUUUUCUGGUGGGUAAAGAGGAACGAUUUACUGCCUUAGAAAUAGCAAAAGGUAUUGGUCUUAGCACAGCCAAAGAAGUGAACCCAGUACUCUACAAACUAGAGAAACAAGGUGAACUUGUGCGAGUGAAUGAAAAAGGGCGUCCUUUAUGGUGUCUUUCUAGUCAAAAUCAGAAAAGUCCAGAAAUCAAGCUACAGGAGCAAGCAGUUAUGUCUACUGAUCAACAUUUUCUAAAGCUUUCUAACAAUGAUAAUGCUGAAGCUUUGCAAAUCCUAGCAUUAUUUCAAGAUCUGAAGCAAGGAGAAAAGGUGGACUCUCGCACGAUAGCCACCAGACUAACACUUGAGAGAAAAACGGUCAACAAGCACUUGUACCAACUACAGAGAGAGGGAAGAGUGAGACAGUGUGAAGGGAAUGGGUGGGCCCAAGUUUCAGGGACAUUGCAACAAGAUGCUGUAGUGGAACUUAAAACAGAAUCCCUCAAACAAGAAGACUUAUCCAUGACAGAAGAGAACAUACUCCUUAGUGCCCAUCAGGUAUGUGAGGAACCGUCAUCUUCAAGCAGUCUUCACCAAAACUGUGAAUCUGACAGAGCCAUGAUUGAAAGAGGUAAAAAAUUAAGUGAAGAGCAUAAAGAAUUGCAGAAUAAGAUGAAAGGAGAAAGUGCUGGAAGUCUUGAAAGCAUUCAGCAAAUUUUAGAAAAUCUGAGCCCUGGAGAAUCUGUAACAGCAUCCUACAUAAACCUAAACCUAAACCUUCCCAUAAAAGAUCUGAAUCGGCAUCUUUACCAACUAUUCAAAGAAGAUAAAGUGGGAUACGAAGGAACAUUACCACCUCGAUGGUUCCUGUUGCGAAACAAGGAGCCAGGUAGCACUGGAGACAAAAGCUAAAGAAAAGAGUCAAAGACCAAAGUCAGGCUAAGAAAAAAGUCCUUUCAUUACCAGAAUCAGCAAGAUAACACCAAUAGGCAUAGCCUGUUUUACUGGACUGGACACAAAAAAUGUUAAGACAACUGUAUUUUUUCAUUUAAAAAUGACUGUGAUGAUGAGAUGAGCCAUUCAAGGUAGUAGUAUAACAGAAAUCAACUAUUUUAUUGAUGUGAAGUUGACCAGCAUGAGAAAAAUGUAACUUCAUCACUGAAUUCUGUCACAUUAGUUAAUGUAAGUGCCUAAAAUAAUUAAGAUUUACGCUCUUACAAUAUGCAUUGCAAGUUAAAGAAAGCUGACAAUUGUGGGUUAAAAAAUGACCUUGUCAUUGAGUAAAAUCAGAACCUAUGCUAUGAUUAAAGUAAACUGUUGUGGCAGCAUGAUUAUAAUAAUUUACUGUAUAUUUUAAUAUUUUUUAUAUUUCUAUUUCAAUUUAAUUUUGUAAUUUUGCCCCACUCCCUUGAUCUCUUUGUGUUUGCAUUUUUUGUAUUAUUUGUAAUUUUGCUUUUGUUUGUCCUUUUUCCUGUAAUUAUGUAAUUUCAUGUGUAACUUAAACAUCUUAUAUAGUCCACCCGAGGCAUUAGCCCACUGUACUUGUUAUCUUUGUUUGGCCAUUGUUCUGCGCAUUUAUUAGUAUAAAUUUGUAUUGGUCUUUUGACAAUUAUUGUACUGUAUUAUAUUACAGUGUUUUGGGUCUUGA